AUGGUGUACCUGCAUUUUCCUUCUAAUCUCACUGAAGAAGAGUUGAUGUUACAUGCAAAGUACCAGAAAUUAAAGAAAAAGAAGAAAGCCCUUCAGGCGCUUAAAGCUCCUAAGCAGGAACCCGAGAAACCUGUAUUACCAAAACGUCCGACAGAAGCUAGAGACGCCAGAGAAAUAGCACGAAAACUUAUUAAAAGUGGUGCCAUUCCAGCCAUUAAAAGUCCACCACCGCAACCUCAAAAUGCUACCUUCAAACGCCCUCGAGCUGGGAGAGAACGAAAACUAAGUGGUUCAACAGGAGGAACUGGUGGUGUUGCAUCAUAUCAACCAUUUAGUGCUUCUCAAGAACCUCCACCACCUGAAGAAAAACCAACACCUCGAGUCAAAUACCUUUAUGACUCAUUUGUUACUGCUAGAGAGAAGGAUGACAAAGGAACUAGAACUCAAGGUGGAGGUGAUGCUCCUAAUACAGGAAAUAAAACAAAUUAUCUGCAGAUUACUGGUACUAAUAUCACUGAAGAAGUUCUGAGACGUCGCUUGGCAUCAUUUGAACCUUUUUCAUUUAUUCAAGAAACUGACGAUGAUAAAGUAUUUCUUUCAUUUGAUAAUGCAGACAUGGCAAACCAAGCCCAGAUUGCUCUUGAUGGAAAUGAGGAAGGCUGGCGAACUACAUUUGCAAGGAGACCACCUCCAUCAAAGGGAAACUGGAAUUCAACAUCUGCAUCUCGCAAUCAACCACCACCUAAAGAUUUUAAGAGAUCUCUUGUAACAUAUGAUGAUAUUUUUGAAUAA